UAUUUUGCAGUCAUUCUUUACGUUUUGAAGUCUUUGUUUGUUUGUUUGAGUCGUGUUUGUGCGAGCAACGAGUGGAGUAAAUUCCAGCAUGACUGUAUCCGAUUUCGAUCUUGAGAGUACCAGCGCGGGUAUCGAUCUGACCGGAAAGAAGAAAUCAAAGCAGGGUUCCACUGCUUACGAGGGAUUGCUCGCCACGUACCAUGAGUACUGCGAGAACACCUCCAUCCACGGGGUUCAGUAUCUUGGUGAACGGGAGCGACCUUUGCGCGAACGGAUCUUCUGGCUGAUAGCGUUCCUGAUUUCAAUAUAUGGAUGUUCCACCCUGAUCGCUAGUGCUUACACCAAAUGGACUGAAACGCCGGUAAUUGUAAGCUUUGCGGAGAAAUCUACACCCGUUUGGAACAUCCCGUUUCCUGCGGUCACUGUUUGCUCGGAGACCAAGCGGGUUUUAAAGCAAAAAGGGAAGGAGACAACUUAUGCGGAUCUGUACAGCCAGUUUAGCGAGGAAAUGCGAGCUGCUCGGGUGUUUAAGCCCCAAAACGUGAGUGCCCUGGAGAUGGAGGAGUUUCGCACGCUACUGCAUGUCUGCAACACCCAGAUCAUAGAUGAGGACAUGCCCCUGAUUGCCGGUGACGACCUGGAUUACUUUGAUAUUUUGGAGCGGAUGCUACCCCAGUUUGAUCGGUACUUCUUUUACUGUCGUUGGCUCAGUCGCUUCGGCGAGUGCGAGAAGUUUUUCCGAAAGACCCUUACCGAGGAGGGGAUCUGCUACACCUUUAACGGGUUGCGCGCCACGGAUAUCUACCGGGAGGACACCUACCAGUACCGGCACAGCGGGGAGUCCUUGGAAAUGGAGAACAUAAGCUCGCAGCACGCGCCUUGGACACUGGAAACGGGCUAUGCGCACGGAAGUGACGUUGAAACCUUUCCGGCAAGGGUUCUGAGUGCCGGAGCUCGAUCUGGCAUUUUCCUGGCCCUCCAAAGCUUUAAGCAGGAGGUGGACUAUGCCUGCCGAGGACCUGUGCAGGGGUUUAAGGUGUUGCUUCAUGCCCCCGACGACGUGCCGCAGGUGUCCAAGCAGUUUGUCCGCAUUCCCAUGGGCAAGGAGGUGCUAAUCGCUGUGAAGCCCAGCAUGAUCACCAUGUCGUCGGGCAUCGCCGAGUACCAUCCACUCCGGAGACAGUGCUUCCUCAGCCACGAGCGAUCGCUGCGCUUCUUUAAGGUGUACACCGAGUCCAACUGCCAGCUGGAAUGCCUGGCCAACUUCACGCUGACCAAGUGCGGAUGCGUGAAGUUCUCGAUGCCGAGGAACAUGGAUAUGCCUGUGUGCGGAGAGGACAAGAUCUAUUGCUACGAUCGGGCGGAAAGGCAGCUGUUGGUCAGGGAGUUCAAAAGGGUGAGGGCUCUAAAUGCCGCUCGCGAGGAUGCGCGGGGCGUGGAGUCGGCCUGUAACUGCAUGCCCGCCUGUACAUCGCUUGUCUACAAUACAGAGAUCUCGCAGGCCAACUUCGACCUGGAGGAAAUGCUUCUGGCCGAGGGCGACACCGAAUUCCUGCAGGAGUAUCCCGGCUCCCAGAUGUCCCGUCUGUCUAUAUACUUCAAGCAAAGCCAGUUUAUCACUUCGAAGCGAUCGGAGCUGUACGGCAUGACCGAGUUCCUGGCAAAUUGCGGAGGUAUCUUCGGUCUAUUUAUGGGGUUCUCCAUCUUGAGCAUGGUGGAGAUGAUCUACCACUUCACUCUGCGCCUCUUUACCAAUCUUAAACGUCUGGUCAAAAGACAAGAACAGUAGCAAAUUUAAUGCGUAAUGGAAUCAUUAUCGUCGUUGUUAUGUAAUUUUUAUGAUUUUAAUAAUUCUGUGUAAAUAAAAGUGGUAGUAAAAAGUUAUGAAAAUUAA